CAUAUUUGGUAAUUCAAUUUCAUCAACAAGACGAAAGCUUCAAUUCCGCUUCGUGUAGGUUCAAUGUAAGAUAUGAGAGCCGAGAGGAAUUCACGAAUCACGAUGCAUCGAACAAGCGUAUCUACACGCGAAGCUUUCCAGAUUGAAACCCAGCCUAGACUUCCAAAAAAUAGGUGGAGGUCGAGGUGGCGACUUUAAAAGUCGCGUCGUCAUCAGCAUCACAUCUUAACCGGACAUCAAGCGCCCUCUCCCUGGUCGCGCUCCCCCCGGCCUCCCUUCGCAACGUCGUCGGGCAAGGAAUACUACUCCGCCCAAAAGCAAGUCUUUUCUCUAUCUUCGUCUCCUCCUCCUCCUCCUCCUCCUCGCCGUCGCGGUUUGGGAUAAAUGUGACGACUUGUUGAAAUCUCUCACACCGCGACGACGCAUCUUGGUCUUCAAGGAGGAGGGAGGAGGAGAAAAGAGAUCCAAAUGGACGCCAUCGGCGGCUGGGUCGGAGGGGGGGCGCCGCCGACGAGAGCGCUGGAGAUCCUGCGUGAGACCGUGCGGAUCCUUCGAGCUGAUCCGUCCCCCUUCAUGACCGCGCUCGCCCUCAUCUGCCCCGUUUCCGCCGCUCUCCUCUCCGGCGCCCUCGUCCCUCUCGCCACCGCCGCCCUCCUCUCCCGCCGCCUCGCCCUCCUCGCCGUAGCUAGCGGCCUCCCCCCCGCCCGUCCCCUCUUCCAGCUCUGCCGCCACUUCGUUGCCAUCCUCCUCUCUGCCGCCGCCUGCUUCCCCCUCCUGGUCACCGCCCUCCUCCUUGCCCGCUCCUCCAUUGCCUACUCCGUCGCCUGCUCCUACGCCGCAAGGAAUGUCCGCCGCGUCGAGUUCUUCGCCGCCGUGCGCCCGAUCUGGCGCUGCAUUCUCUUCACCUACCUCUGGAUCUGCGCCGCCAUCUCUGCCUGCGUCGUUCUGUUCCUCGCCCUUCUCCUGCUCGUCUGCAAUCUGUGCGCUAUAUUGGGCUACCCGCCCGAAAUCAUCGUCUACCCGGCGCUACUUGUCGUGCUCGUCUUCUCAAUUGUUUACGCUCACACCAUCAUCGUCUGCAACCUCGCGGGCGUGGUCUCCGUCUUAGAAGAGAUCUCUGGCCUACGCGCUUUCCUCAGGUCGGUCAGACUGAUUAGGGGGAAGAGACAGGUGGGGCUGCUGAUGUUUCUUGGUUCGACCAUUGGCAUGGGUUUCGUGCAGGGGUUGUUCGAGCAUAGAGUGAAGACGGUGAGCUACGGAGAUGGUUCAUCGCGGCUGUGGGAGGGACCACUUCUCGUCUUCAUGUAUUCGUUUGUUGUACUAGUAGAUUCAAUGAUGAGCGCAGUCUUCUAUUUUACCUGUAGAUCCUCUAUCAUCGAAGAAACGGAUGAGGAUGUCCAUGAGCUCGAAGAAAAGGAGAAUGUUUCUACUGAAGUGACCGAUAUCAAGUGAGCAGAAUUGUCGAAAGAAAGCUUCUCAAACAAUCACUUUGAUUCAAAUAAUAUGCAGUAAGGAGUCUUCGUUUUUGUCAGAGAAGAACCAGCAAUGUAUCCAUCAUUAAAUCUGGCAAAUCAUGGAAUUUGUUAGAAAGGUUUUGUUGUAGAAGUAUGAGAAUUGAUGCCUGCAAUUCGACCCGAAACUGCAACCUUUUGACAUGGGAUACUGUGCCUCCAAACUUUCAAGAGAGUCUCAAUUCAACUCCUUUGUGUGGCAUGUCAAUCUCAAGUACAUCAGUCACUGUUGUAAACAUAGAUUACUUUGUCUUGGAGAGGUGUCAUCUGUUAUUUAUGCAAGUUCUUGUUAGAGCUUUUCUCAUAUAUAUUACUUCGCAGAUGCAACAUUAUCAAAA